AAAAUGUCGUCACUUGCUUAUCAAUGCUCACCGCCUCUCCCUCAUUUCUGCCGCUCUUUCUCUGUUCUAUAUUGUUCAUGUACACAUCCAUCCACCCAUCUAGUAUCGUGCUCUUAACAGGUUUCUUCAGCUGACCGAAAUCAUAUUCCUUUGGGUUGCUCUUUCUGGGCUCUCGUUUACCCUCGCCGUAAUGUCUUCCUCGUCGCAAGCUUUGGCUAAGCGCCAUAUCGAAACCAGUCUAAUGCCCCCUCCCCCCCCGAAACGCAUCAAACGACCUACUACUGUCCUCGAUGAAGACGUCUAUACGAAUACCUUAUCUGGCAUCAUUGCGCGAGAUUACUUCCCGGGGCUUCUGGAGAUGCAAGUGAAGCAAGAGUACCUCGAAGCACUCGACUCGAGGGACGAAGAAUGGAUUGCCACGUCCAAGAGAAGACUUACCGACCUGAUGUUGACUCCAGAAAGAGCUCGGAACCGUUCUGAACCGUCGGAUCCCGUAAUAACAACCAACCGUACAGAAAUAAGGCAUGUAGGGGAUACUCCUACGGGUUGGGGUGGGGAUACGCCAAUGUCAGUCAUGUCCAUGGCCUCUUCAUCACCGGCCCAGCAUUUAAAAGAUAACCAUUCUUCCAAUCUGUCCAAUCUCGGGCUGCUUGAGUUCCAGGCGAAAUAUACCAGUGAAGAUAACGAAUCCUUCAACAAGCUGCUAGAUAAGCAGAAUACGAAACGUCGUGAAAAAUAUGCAUGGAUUUGGAGCGGCAACAAGAUCCCGUCCGCGCGACAGAUUGCCCAUCAUCAAAGGGAAGCAAAACGGGUCGAGGAACAGGGUCUCAACCCUUAUCAAGACAAGCAAUUAGCCACUAAGAAGGACUUUGAUUCUCGGCCCGCGAAACCGGACUCAUGGAAGGCCAGAUCGGAGAAUUCUCUCAUGUUCACGCCCUCGUCUGUUGAAGACACUCUUGAGACACUCCAGCAAAAAGCAGAAGCAUCCUCACGAGCGGGGCCCAAGCGAGUGGUGUAUCAGAAUACCCGAUUACCAGAUGAGGGAUUGAAAUCUACACAAGAUGGAGGCGCGCUUCCUCCCUCUCCAUCAAUUUCUGCUAUUAAAGACGCUAUUGCCGGACGCCCCCGCCCCAGUGAUUCAGAAGCGGGCUAUAGUGGGAGUGAGACGCCACGAGUGAAUGGAUACGCCUUCGUGGAUGAAGAUGAACCAGAUUACCCAACAAAUAACGUGUCGAAAGACAGCCAUGCGGGCUUUUUAGAGGACCUUCGGUUGUUGGGGACAAGUGAUAAAACCCCGAAUCCGUUUAAAAUCAGGGAGAACAGAAGGCGCGAGGAUCUCCACCAUCGUGUAGUAGACCGCGUUGCGAGAAAGAAAAGAGCGGAGAAAGUUGCGCAAGAGACUAAAUCCCCGGUUGCCAUGACGCCGCGGUUCGCCAGUAGCCUCCGGCUAGACUUUGGAUUACGCAUGCCUGGCAGAGCAAUAGUGGGAGGGAGUGGGCCAAGCAAGUUGUUGACUCCAGCGGCACAAAAACUAUUACAUCGUAUGGGGAACACUCCUCGGCCGACAGAGUCAUCCUCAUCGAAUCUGAAGAAUGUGUGGACUCCGACUCCACGGAGAGCCAAAUAGAUACGAAUUCCCUUACAUAUGAUCUUUGAUUAAUGGCGCUUCAAUAGAUACCAUGGUGGGCCCGGCGUUGUUUCCUGCUCCUAUACUGCUUAAGUCGUGAGAUGAUAUUCUACUUAAUGAUGUUUAGGUACCCUUACCCUAAAAUGCUGUUUUCGUCGUAGCCAAUCUAUAAACGCUUCUAAGUUAUCGUCCGAGUUAUCUGCUGUCUUUCCUGGCCUGAAGAUACCAUGUCUAGUUAAAUAUAGACAGUGUGACACGCCGAAGGAAAACAGCUGUAAACAGAAAGAAUUAUAUUGGCCAAGGGAUCUGGUUACACGAACAUAUGGCGUGACACUAACAAGUGACUCAACAGAAUUGACCAAAAUGACGAAGUUCCGAUUGAGAAAGGUUGA